UGUCGGUACCGGCAUUGAAGUGAAGUAGAAGCUUUUUGGUUUUGCGUGAGAGCAAAGGGAUUCAAUUAGGAGAAUAUCGUAUUUUGGCAAACAUUGUUACUUUUUCGAGGCGAUUCUCACACGCAGAAAUAGUUCGAAGCAACUUAUCAACCGAUAAUGACUCAUGGUUUUCCAUGAAGCAGUUCAACGCAAUUCACCGACAAGGUGAAGACAACAACAACGACGUCGACGGGCACGACCGUUGAAACGAGAAAAUCCACCCCAAUAUCGAAAUGACAUCCAACGGGCAAAAGUUCCUCCUGCUUAUGGAGAAAAACUGGAUCAUCCAGAAGCGACACUAUCUGCAGACGCUGUUCGAAAUUCUCAUUCCGGUACUGUGCUGUUCGAUUUUGCUGCUAGUUCGCGGUCUUGUUGAUCCUGAAUACGUUGAUAAGACCACUGUUUUCGAUCCUUUACCUACGGAUUCAAUCAUCAAUCGGUUUCCAGUUAUCAAUGGCGAACGAGUUGAUCACCGGCUGGCCUACUCUCCGCAGAAUGUUCUAUUGGAUCGUAUUAUGGCCGAUGUCUCUGAAGCGUUGAACAUAUCAGUAGUCGGUUACCCGAAUGCUCAGGCCAUGGAGUCCACCCUCAUGAGCCAAAACCUGCUGGCUGGUGUUGAGUUCGGUGAUUCCCUAUCGGACGCAACCAGCCUUCCGGAACAGCUCAGCUUCGCGUUACGCUUCCCGUCAGAACUCCGGUACUUGGUCGGCUUGAUCUCGUACUGGGAAACUCACCUGCUCAUGGAGCCGUUCACGCCUCGUCUACGCAAUCCCUACUCGGAUGAUGGAGGAACUCCUAGCUAUUACAAUGAGAACUUCCUCUCCAUUCAAACGGCAGUUUCCAAAGCCAUCAUCCGGGCACGUAGUCCCGCCGCCGAUAUGCCCCAGGUGUUCAUUCAGCGCUUUCCUUAUCCGCCCUACCACGAUGACCCGUUCCUGCAAACCAUGGAGCAGCUGCUGUCCAUGGUUAUCCUGUUGUCGUUUUUCUACACCUGUAUCGUGAUGGUGAAGCAUAUUGCCAUCGAGAAGGAACGCCAGCUCAAGGAAGCGAUGAAGAUCAUGGGUCUGCCGAACUGGCUGCACUGGGCAGCGUGGUUCGUCAAAAACAUUCUACUGCUGGUGAUUGCCAUAUCGCUGAUUACGUUGCUGCUUUGUGUCUCCAUCAACGGCACCGCCGUUUUUGAGUACUCUGACUGGACCGCAGUAUGGUUCUUCCUGUUUGUCUACAGCAUCGCUAUCAUUUGCUUCUGCUUCAUGAUGAGUGUAUUCUUCAAAAAAGCCAACAUCACAUCCGGCAUCGCAGGCCUCAUGUGGUUCGUGUUCGUCAUUCCGUACAACGUGACUGCGCAGAACUACGACGGAAUGAGCACCGGCAGUAAGGUCGGGCUGAGUUUGUUCUUCAACAGUGGGAUGUCGUUUGCAAUGACGAGUACCCUUCGCAUGGAAGCCAACCAGGUGGGAAUGCGCUGGAGCAGCUUGUUUACGCCGGCCACGAUCGACGAUGGAUUCAGCGUGGGAACAGCCUUCAUCAUGCUUCUGGUGGAUGCUGUGAUCUACUUGGCUAUCGCUUUGUACGUGGAACAGGUCAUGCCGGGUAAAUUUGGAGUGGCUAAACCGUGGAACUUCUUCGCCAAGAAGCAGUUCUGGACCAAGAAGGCACCUACGGUGGAGGAUGUUCCUCGGAGAGUACUUGAAAGGGAAAAUUCGAGGUACUUCGAGGCUGAACCUAACUCAACAAAUGUAGGUAUUCAAACGGUCAACUUGCGUAAAGUAUUCAGCGGAAACAAGGUGGCGGUUGAAGGCUUGAACGUAAAGAUGUACGAAGAUCAGAUCACAGUCUUGCUUGGCCACAACGGAGCAGGAAAAACCACCACAAUGUCCAUGCUCACAGGAAUGUUUUCGCCCACUUCCGGAUCUGCGUAUCUCAAUGGGCAUGACAUUCGAACAGAUAUAAAAGGCGUACGACACUCUAUGGGGCUGUGUCCUCAGCAUAACGUACUGUUUGAUGAGAUGACCGUCUCAGAGCAUCUGAGAUUCUUCGGUAGAUUGAAAGGUGUGCCGAAGGAAGCUCUCGACGAUGAAAUUGACAGGUAUCUGCAGAUGUUGGAGCUGUCGGACAAGAAAAACGCACAGUCACGAACACUUUCUGGUGGUAUGAAACGUAAGCUGUCAGUAGGGAUCGCACUUUGCGGCGGCUCUAAAGUCGUUCUGCUGGACGAACCGACCUCAGGAAUGGAUCCCUCAGCACGUAGAGCUCUGUGGGAUUUGCUCCAGAAGGAGAAGAAGAACCGGACAAUGCUGCUGUCAACGCACUUCAUGGACGAAGCGGAUGUUCUGGGUGAUCGUAUCGCGAUCAUGGCAGACGGAGUCUUGAAGACUGUUGGAUCUCCGUUCUUCCUGAAGAAGACUUUCGGUGUUGGAUAUCGACUGAUUUGCGUGAAGGGGCCAUCUUGUGACAAGGGACUGUUGUGUCAGAUCUUGAGGAACUACAUUCCGGAUGUACGAGUCGAAACCGAUAUUGGAUCGGAGUUGUCAUUUGUAUUGAAGGACAGCCACAUCGAAGUGUUUCAAAAAAUGCUGGAAGGAUUAGAGCAUCGGAUGGACGAAUGUGGCAUCACCAGCUAUGGAAUCUCCCGGACUACGAUGGAAGAGGUUUUUUUGAAGGCUGGCAGUGACACAUUGCUUGAAUCAGAAUAUUCAAACGGUACUUCUGUUGAGACCAUCAACGAAAACUAUUCUUUUUACAACGCGAACCUCUUAACAGGAAAUGAACUGUUAUUCAGCCAAAUGAAGGGUCAAUUCUUAAAGAAGAUUCUAUCUUCGCUUCGUUCCUGGCUUUCGUUACUUAUUCAGAAUGGAAUUGUUAUUCUCUUCGUUAUAAUAACAUUUGCGUUUACCCAAAGUGGCUCAAGCAGCCAGGAUUUACCACCGUUAAAAAUAACUCUGGGUUCCUACAGAGACACUAUGACGGUAUUGGAAGGCGAUUCUACAGCUGAUACCAGAGUACAAGCCUAUCAGAAUAUAUUCCAGGACAUAGGUGGAUCGCAUCGGGUGCUGAACGUUCCUAAUUCGGUACCAGAGUUCAUUCUAGAAAAAUCCUUGGUAGACCUUUCCGAAGUUAACAUACGCUACCUAGUGGGAGCCACCCUCAACGAUACAGCUUACACCGCCUGGUUCAACAACAAAGGCUACCACACAGCUCCGUUAUCGUUGUCAUUGCUCUACAACGCCAUCGUGACUUCCGUAUGUCCAAGUUGUGAAAUCACCGUUAUCAACAAACCUCUCCCAUUUCGACAAGACACCUCAGGCUCGAUUGCAUUCGACAACGGAUUUCUGCUAGCCUUCGACACCGGUAUUGCAAUGGCUUUCGUCGGUGCUUUCCUCAUUCAGUUCUACAUCCGCGAAAGAACCUCUCGUGCCAAACUCCUUCAAUACGUCAGUGGAACCAACAUCACUCUCUACUGGAGCGUCGCCUUCAUCUGGGACUACCUCAUGUUUCUUGUAACCGCCCUACUGUACAUCGCAACGCUGGCCAUCUUCCAGGUAGAAGGCCUGUCCUCCUUCGCAGAACUUGGCCGUGUAUUUCUCCUGUUGAUGCUUUUCGGCGUGGCGUUUCUCCCAACCAAUUACCUUCUGUCGUUCCUGUUCUCCGUGCCGGCCAUCGCUUUCGUAGUUGUUCUUCUGAUCAACAUCGUUUCCGGGCUGAUAUUCUUUUUCCUCGUCCUCCUUCUCAAGGCGGCUGAUAUGAUGUCCAUUGGCAAUGCCUUCGAAUGGAUCUUCAUGCUCUGUCCGAGCUUUGCACUUACGCACGGCCUGAACAACAUGAACCAAAUCAUCAGUAACGAUGCAUCUUGCCGAAAGCUCUGCGAACUUGACAGCGAAUGCACAAUAGAGAACAUGUGUCAGAUUGACUCCACCUGUUGCAUUCCGGAUAUUAUUUCGUUCGAUGAACUAGGAAUCAACCGCAACCUGCUGUUUCUUGCCUUUGUCGGAGUAUCGUCAUUUUUGGUGAUCUUGGCAAUGGAACACCGAUUGAUCCAUAGAAUCAUCAACAGUGUGUACAAACGCAAGUAUCCAUUGACACCCGCACCCGCAAAUGAAGACUCGGACGUUACAGCAGAGAAGAAACGCGUGCAAGCAAUGUCUCCCAUCGAGCGUAACCAGUACAACUUGGUCAUGAAAGACCUUACAAAAUACUACAAGAAACUCGCUGCGGUGAACAACCUCUCGGUGGCGAUCGAUCGUUCGGAGUGUUUCGGGCUUUUGGGAAUCAACGGUGCUGGCAAGACCACUACGUUCAAGAUGAUGACCGGCGACGAGAGUUUCUCGUCCGGAGAGGCUUGGGUCAACGGCUUCAGCUUAACAAGCGACAUGACCUCCGUCUACCGGAAUAUUGGCUACUGCCCUCAGUUCGAUGCCUUGCUAGACGAUCUGACAGGACGGGAAACGCUGAAGAUAUACGCACUGCUGCGAGGAGUUCGACGCGAGGAAGUUGGCAAUGUAUCACUGACACUGGCCGAGGACCUGAACUUCCUGAAGCAUAUCGACAAGAAAAUCAAACAAUACAGUGGAGGAAACAAACGGAAACUGAGUACGGCUUUGUCCUUGAUGGGCAACCCAUCGGUGGUGUACCUGGAUGAACCGACGACUGGAAUGGAUCCGGGAGCGAAGCGCCAAGUCUGGGACAUGAUCUGCAAGGUGCGGAGUUCAGGAAAAGCGAUCGUUCUGACGUCGCACAGCAUGGAGGAGUGCGAAGCGUUGUGCACUCGGCUGGCGAUCAUGGUCAACGGGGAGUUCAAGUGUUUGGGUUCAACGCAGCAUUUGAAGAACAAGUUCUCCAAGGGGUUCUUGUUGACCAUCAAGGUGAACAAGUCGGAGGAUGCUCAGGAACAGGACAGAAGAGUUUGCGAGGUGAAGGCAUUUGUGAUGAGUCAGUUCAGUGGGGCGAUAUUGAAAGAGGAAUACCAGGAUUCGCUGAGCUUCCACGUGCCUCAAACCGAUCUCAAGUGGUCGGCGAUGUUUGGAUUGAUGGAGUCCAACAAGGAUCGGUUGAGUAUCGAAGAUUACGCACUAGGGCAGACCUCGUUAGAGCAAGUGUUCCUGUUCUUCACCAAGUAUCAGAAAGAGCUCUGAAAAUAUGCACGGGCAUGAUGUCAUCGCAAGUAAAAUGUCUUGUUAUUCAAGCUGACAAAAUACGA